AUGGCUUUUGUGCGAAAUCUCAAACCUUCCGGGUUGUCUUGGACGCAUUACAAGCAGCAAACCAUCAUCUUCAAUACCUGGAACCGAGCGAUCGCUCUUCCGGUGUCUUCUGUAGUUUUAUCGGGUAAUGAUACCGUCAAGUCAUUUGCUGACCUUCCAGGACCCGUCAAUCUUCCAGUUGUAGGAACAUCCUGGAGCUUUUUGGUUGGAAAGAAAGGCGAGUCACUCGGAAAGCGGAUACUGUCGGUACAGAGAGACCAUGUUAAUAAGUACGGCAAUAUCCUCAAACAAAGUCUUGCGGGUCAUACCAUGGUUGAAAUUGCGGAUCCCGCGGAUGUCACAAAAGUACUGCGAUCCGAGGCGAAGUAUCCACAACGAUUCGAGUUUCCUAUUCUUGAUUAUUAUCGCGAGAAAAGGCAAAAGAUUCCUGGCGUGUUCUUUGCAGAUGGCCCCGAGUGGUACAAACUUCGCAGUGUUCUAAGCAAACGCAUGCUUCGACCCAAACAAGUGGCUGAUUACGCUUCGGGUUUUAACGACAUUAUAACUGACUUUGUUUACAGAUUACGCUCAGUUCGUGAGCCUAAAGAAUCAGCCCAUGCUUACGAGGUUAGUGAACUUGAUAACGAGUUAUUCAAGUGGUCAUUUGAGUCUGUUGCAGAGAUGCUCUUUGACAAGAGAUUUGGUUGUCUUGAACCACAAGUAAACGAAGAAGCCCAGAUCUUUAUUAAAGCGGUCGGAGAUUUUCUCCACAAUGCAGUCGUAGUAGGGUUCUUACCAGUAUGGUUCUAUAAAAUCUAUGAGACCCAACAGUUCAAAGAGUUCAGUAAUAAUUUCGACAUCAUGUACAAAUACGCUGAAUUGUUCAUUGAGAGAAGGAUAAAGGAGCUUAAAGCCAAGCCUCAUGACUCGACAAGACUGGAGGAAGACAAAGCAGGUUUCUUCGAGUAUCUUCUUUCAAGUGGAAAACUCACUAUCGAAGAUCUGCUUGCGUGUGUGAUUGACGUUCUGUUCGCCGGAGUUGACACAACCUCCAACACGAUGCAGUGGGUUUUAUAUAUGAUGGCCAAACACCCAAACAGACAAGAAAUUCUACGCCACGAAGUCAUUUCUGUCCUCGGAAAUGAAACGAUUGCCAGCCCCACUGACCUUUCACAGAUGCCUUAUCUGAAAGCCUGGGUUCGCGAAACGUUGCGAUUGUAUCCUGUUUUAUCGGCAUUGUUCCGAAUUUUGCCCACGGAUAUGGUUCUUAGCGGGUAUAACAUCCCCGCGGGCACUCAAGUUAAUGUCUUGGCCUAUUACAUGAGCCGAGAUGAAAGUAUUUUCAAAGAUGCCCAUGAAUUCCAACCAGAAAGAUGGCUUCGCGACAAGGAACCACAUAGCAGCAAGUUCAUUGAUUCCAAAGAGGUAUUCUCUUCUACUCCGUUCGGGUUUGGUACCCGUAUGUGUCUUGGUCGCCGUAUAGCUGAGCUGGAGCUCCAUCUUUUAUUGGCCAGAAUCGUGCAGCAGUUUGAUAUUCGUUACCCCCCUGAUGCUGAUGAUGUACAGCCAUAUAACAGGGGGGUGACUAUUCCUGACAGACCGCUACGAGUACAAUUUGUAGACAGUACAUUUUACAGCGUUUUAAAGUCCUCUCUGUGA